UGGCUACGUCGGUUUUUUAAUUGCUUACAUUUUGCGGUUUGGUGCCGAAAACAAUAAUUAUAACUGCUGCAGUGUAGAUCAUUUAGAAUGUUUAGAUGUCUCAACUCUCGAAUCUCGAUUGAGGAGUUGGUACAUCGUACAUGAUUAGUGAUUACCUAUAAAUUAAAUAUUUAAAUAUUAUCUUGUUUAUGCUUCAGUAUCAAUUAUUAAAAAGAACAAAUGUUGUCUUUAAGUAAUAAAAUUAAUAGUUGAUGUGCUGAUUGUUGUCUUUGAUAAAUACAACAUGACGACUGGCAGUUGACCAAUUUUAUAUUAUUUUUCAAUUUUCUGUUUGAUUUGAAUUACAAGUGUAUUAAUAUCUGCCAGUUGCAAUAAACCUAAAGGCGAUAUUAUACAAUUAAUAUGCUGAUUUCAUUGACUCAAGUUACAGAACACCAUUAAGAAUUUAAGACCUAAAAUGUAAUUUGAAAAUUAUGAAGGAAUGAGGAAAGGAACUAAUUUCAUUCUUUAGACCCGAUGCAAUUCGUUUUUAAUAAGAUGAACAUGAACAAAAACUCAUUCCUUUUUGAGAGAAUUUUCCAAGAUGAUACUUUGUGAAAUGGAAUUCCACAUAGAAUGAAAAUUGUUGAGUGGUCAUAUUUUAUAAUCAUGGAUAAUCAAUUUGUAAAAGGAUCAGUUCAAAUUUAAUACUACACUUUAGAAUCAUAAGAAUAAUAUUUUACUAAAAUGGAACAAAAUUCUAUAGUGGAAGCUUACGAAAAUGCAUUAGAUGAUCAAGUUGAUGUUGAAAUGAAACAUCAGUAUAUAAAAGAUAAUAAAUGUAAAGAAGAAAAACAAGAGUCACCUGUUUGCUUAAACGAAUUAACAGAAAAAUGGUAUGAUACUAAAGAUGAACCAUGGGAAAUUAAUGUACAUAAUAGCAAUGCAAAUAAUGAAUAUGUAAGCACUGGAGAUGUAAUGCAAUCACAACUAUUAAAAAGUGAUCCAUCAUAUGAAAAUACUAGUGAAAUUGAAAUUAUACCAGAAUCAAACAAUGUUUUUGAUCAUAGAUUUGAAGCUGAACACCAUUUUGAAUUUGAUUUUAAACAUACUGAGGAUUUUGAUUUAAGCUAUGACGAAAACAAUAUAAUUUCAAAUGGUUUUUCUGAUUCACUUUAUACGGAUAAUUUUUAUUGUUCACUUUAUUCAACUAGCUUAUCUAGCCCUAAUAUUUCUCAUUUUUCUUGUUUGCCUGAAACAAAAGAAGAUAUUGAGGAUUUUGAAACAUUGUCAUUAGAAAAUAGUAAUCUUAUUAACGAUACAUUAGAAUGUGAUCUUUUACAAUAUGUGUUAGAUAAUAUUAAAUUUGAAGAUAAUGAUAGAGUUUAUAAGAAUUCUGAAUGUUUUAUAGGUAACAGAAUAAUUAGUAACCCUGAUAUAAUGUACAAUAUUGAACUUCGAUUACAUCUUAAAAAAAUGCAACUCUUUGCUGAACAAAUUUCAAAAACACCUUCUGACUUAACGGUAUUAAAUAAAUGUAUGGAGUUAAUGUCAAUUCCUAAAAUGAAAAAAGGGCAACAAAUCACUGAAAAAUGCGGAUCAUUAUCUGAAGAUUCUGGAUUAAAUUAUAAUGAUAAUCAACAUAUGGACCGAAAUAAAAUUAUAGUCAAUCAAGUAGCAGAGCACUCUCAUACCGAAUUCGAUUUUACUUCAAAAGACACUUUAUUUGUUUUAAAUGACCAAUCUAUUGAUGAUAUAAAAAGAUUAGCUGAUAUUAUGAAAAACAAUUUUGAUAUUCAAUCCAAAAGCUCAACUAUGAUCAGUAUUGAUCCAAUUCAGAAUAGACUUCAAGAGAUAGGCCUGAAAGUUGAUAUGAUGGAAUUGAUCAAAAAUUAUGAAAAUGAUGUAUUUAGUAGGCGAAAAAGGUUACUUAAGGAAUAUGAACACUAUAAAUUACUAAUUAAUCAGUUUGUAAAACGUGAAUUAUCAACUUCUACUGUUAAAAACAAAUAUGAUACUCAAGAAUUCUUUGUUGAAGAGCAAUCAACGAGUAAAAUAAGUGCUUUAGGGAAGAAUCUAUUCACUGAAGAAAAAACAUCUAUAAGUGCUGAAUCAAAGCAUAUUAAUAAUAUAGAUACAGUUACAAUAAAAUCUGAAAAUAUUAAAACUAAUACAGCUGACAUUCAUGAUAGAAAAAUGUACUCUACAAAAUCUUUGAACACUGAUGUACAAUUUAACGAUCUCUUGAAAUGUUCUCAUAUGGUAUCUAUAUCUUCAAACUCUAAAUCAAAUUCAUAUAUGAAUACAAAACCAUUUUUAAGCACUGAUAGUUUAUCUAAACAAAAGAAUAAAACAAAAAAUAUUCUUCUAAAAAAUGAAAAACAAUUUGAUGUAUCAAAGACUGUUAAUAUGUUUGGUGCAACUAAAAACAUCAAUAUUGAUAAAUCAAAAAUCCAAUCUACCUCAACUUUAAAUAAAACUAUUCCCAAUUGUGUUAAAUCUAUUGGAUUUGAUCAAGCUUCGUUCCAAAAAAUUAUUGAUGAAUUUAAAGGAAAUUUCAAUGAUGAAUCCAAUAAUAAUCCAGAUAUCAAUAAUGCAAUUGAUCGAGAAAACUAUUCAGAUAAUCUCUGAAGUGAGCCAGAAAAAUAGUUAAUUUAAAUGUCUUAAAAGGACUCCGCAUCUACUUAAGUUGUCUUCGGAGGCACACCCUUGAUGUUUUGUUUUUAAGGAGGUUGUAGCUAAAUAAAGCUAUUUUUAAAUAUGUACAGAAAUAUCCAAAAGUGUGUUUUUACAGAAUCUUAAUUAGUUAGUUGAUAAUUUUUUUACACCAUAAUCUCAUGUCGUUUCCCAUAAAGUUAUCAAAAUGUAUAUAGAAAAUAAUUUUAAUUUAAGCCUAUAAGCCUCACUCUCUUGGUUGUCUCCAUCCAACAAAUAUACAAUGUGGCAAUUGGUGUUUAGCCGAACCAAUUUCGAGUUGCUAAGUAUAAAAUUUAAUAAUUAUUUAAUUUAAAGGUAUGAACAAUAUCUAUGUAUGAUAUUUAGUGAGUUCUUAUCCUUUUUAUAUUAAGCCUUAUAUGUAUAUUUUUUAUUACUUUUCUGAAAAUUAAAAUAUCUUAAAUUCUAAUGUACAAACACAAAUAAGGUUCUUUCUUU